GGGCGCGGCGGAGGUCGGAGGAGUAGCGGCACCAACAGCAGCAGAGCGCGAGCCCGCCCGGCCCCUCCCUCCCCACUGGCACUACCGCACUCCGACCGUCCCGCGCGGCUCCCCCAUGGCCGCGGCUCUCCGGAAAGCACCUCCCGCCACCGCCCUGCCGGCGUCGGAGCCGCGUUGCCGGGCGGCGGCCGCCUCCCUGCGGCGCCGCUAGCGCCCCGCGUCGCGUUUACCUUUCUCUCCGGUAAAGCUGCGAGGAAGUGCGCUCCCGCGGCAGCGCCCCAGCGGCGCUGGGCCGCCUCUCCGCGACUAGACGGCGCGCCCGUGUCACCCCUACACCCUCUCGUCGGCUGCGCGCGGGACGACGGCGGCGGCGGCAGCAGCUCGGCGUGAGGACCCGACGCGGAUGCGGUGGGUGUCGGGCGCGGCCCCGGGCGCUGCCCUCCCGCCGUCGCCGCUGCCUGACGCCGCCGCGCUCUCCCCCACCUGCAGGCAGCCCCCCGGCGAGUGCGAGAUGGCCCUCAGCGGCACGCUCCUCCCUUCCAUCGCCACCUUCGCGGCGGGCGCCGCGGGCCGCGAGAAAGCGGCGCGGCCCGCGGGCCCCGGCAACCGGUGGCGGGAGGAGCUGUCGCAGCUGAAGCGGCCGCCGCCGGCGCUGGCGGCGCGGCCCGUGGAGACGCCGCCGUCGGAGCUGGAGGCUGUCGCCGCCCUGGGGCCGCGCCGCGACGCUGAGGAGUUCAACGAGCUGCUGGACUUCGACUUCAUCCUGUCUAACUCCCUCAUGCACCAGGAGCCCGCUGCCGCCGCCGUCGUGGUGGCGCCUCCCGCCGCCGCCCCGGCCCCCACCACCAGCGCCUGCCCCGCCGGGCCCUUCGCCUACCCACAGCCGCGGCCCGAACCCGCUAGCCUCCUCUACGGCAGCGGCGGCAUCCGCGACGGGGCUCCCACCCCAGCUUUCAACCUGGCCGACAUCACCGACGUGUCCCCCUCGGGAGGCUUCGUAGCCGAGCUCAUGCGGCCCGACCUGGACCCGGUGUACCUGCCAGCGCCGGCAGCGUUGCCGCCCAUGGGCAGCCUCCAGGGCAAGUUUGUAGUGAAGGCCGUGGGCGAGUACAGCCACCCGGGGCUCAGCACCAAGAGUGGGCCCCCAGCCACCGCACCACCACCCAGCACUGAGGGCCCCAGGGCCUCCUACAACCCUUUGCCACAGAUGUGCCCCAAAAUCAAGCAGGAAGCUGCCCCGCCAUGCACCCUGGCCCCGCCACCACCACAGGGGAGUGGCUCCCGAGGAGCCCCCCAGCACGACUUCCCUCUAGGCCGCUCACUGCCUACCCGGACUACGCCUUCGUUGGGACCUGAGGAGAUGCUGAGUGGCAGAGACUGCCUUCCGCCUGUCCCAGGGCUGAGCCACCCACCGAUGCCACUGCCCCCAGGGUACCCCUCAGCCCCUGGUUACCCCACCUUCCUCCCUGAGCAGCUGCCACCUGGCACACUCCAGUACCAAGAGCUGAUGCCACCAGGGAGCUGCCUGCCUGAGGAGCCUAAGCCCAAGAGGGGACGCCGAUCAUGGCCUAGGAAAAGGACAGCCACACACACCUGCGACUAUGCAGGCUGCGGCAAAACCUACACUAAGAGUUCUCAUCUCAAGGCGCAUCUAAGAACCCACACAGGUGAGAAGCCUUAUCACUGUGACUGGGAAGGCUGUGGGUGGAAGUUUGCCCGAUCCGAUGAACUUACUCGUCACUACAGAAAACACACGGGCCACCGCCCUUUCCAGUGCCAGCGAUGUGACAGAGCGUUUUCCAGGUCGGAUCACCUCGCCUUACACAUGAAGAGGCACUUUUAAAUGGAAGCAGUGGAUCUUUCCCCAGCUGCUGCAGAGAUUAAGUAUUUUACAGCACAAGGACUGUCUUCUGCAAGAUGGGGAAAACCCAGUUUAAGCACUACAGGCAACCAAGGUGAAGUCUUCCAAAGAGUGGAAAAGAGGGAUACUUGCAUAUAGAUGUUGCAACUUCUUUUUUUUGUUUAUUUGUUUUUUAAAUAUAUCUAUACAUUUAAAAGAGAAGAGAAGAGAACCAAAAACAUUGGGGUCAAUGACUGGAUUCUUCUAUCAUUCCAUUUGUAAAUUCAACUUGAAUUAUUUCCGGACUACAAAAUGUCAAGGAGUGACUGGAAGUCAUGGAUAUCAGGGUUAAAGAGACUGUGUGUAGUUUGGAGGGUGGGGAUAUUACACAGGGAAAUGACAUUCCCUUAAUUUUCUUUCAAUGCAAUAUUAGAUGUAAAUGUCAUCUUGUACUUCCCUUUUUUUUUUCCUUCUAAAAGCCAUUACGAUGUUAAGAGGAGGAAAAUUCAGGUACAGAAUUAUAUUUUAAAAGCCUAUUUCAUGGUGCUUAGUGACUGUUGGUUUUAGAGGUACCAAAAACAGGAAGCCAAAGUUCUCAAACUGCUGCAUAUCUGACAAGGAAAUAUUUUUGUCUUCCGAUCUCCAAUUUUGACCUAAAUCAGGUAAAUAAACCUGGUUUAUCUUUUUUUUUUUAAGGAAAAUAACUUUAUGCAGGCAGUCUGUAAUGCACUGUGGUUUCGAUGUGCAAUAGUUUGUACAAUGGUUUAUUCCCAAAUAUGCCUUAAGCAGAACAAAUGUUUUCUAGAUAGUUCUUUAUGUAAUAAAUGUAAUAUAAAUUUAAGCAAACUUUUAUUUUGUAUAUUUGUAAACUACAAAGUAAGAAUUAACGUUUUGUUGGAAUUUGUAUUUUGUGUAU